AUGCCAUACAACUGCAGUUCUGGAAACUUCUCUUCCCGCUCCUUUGGGGGCUACCUGCGUUACCCAAGAUCUUCCUGUGGCUCUUUCUACCCAAGCAAUUUGUUCUGCAGCACAGGCCUCCAGUCUCCCAGCACCUGCCAACUGGGCUCCACGCUCUUCAGCGGAUGUCAGGAAUCCCACUAUGAACCCGCCAGCUACCAGACUUCCUAUGUUGUGCCCAGCCCCUGCCAGACUUCCUGUUACCGCCCGAGGACCUCCGGCAUCUGCAGUCCCUGCAGGACAAGUUAUACGGGGUCUCAGGGUAUUGGAUCCAGCAGCUGCUGUUCCCUGGGCCACAGAUCUAGAAGCUCGUACUCAUUGAGCUGUGGAUCGAGGAGCUGCUAUUCCUCAGGCUGUGGACGCAGUGGCUUCAGACCUCUGACUUAUGGAGCCAUUGGCUUCCCUUCCCUGGGUUAUGGAUCUGGGUGCUACCACCCGUUCUACUCAGGCUCUAGGGGCUGCCAAUCUUCUUUCAGACCAAACUGUUGGUCUGGGUCUGGGGUCUACUGA